AUGGCUGGUCCACUAGAUGUUCAAUCUGCCGUUUCGGAGCAAGAGAAACGAACCCAACUCGAGGACCUGAUUGCACGUGCUGCUGCAAAGGAUGCGACCAAAGACUACGACUCUGCCUCCGAGAUGUACUCCCAAGCUACCGAACUUCAGGCCGAACUCAAUGGCGAGUUGUCCCCGGAGAAUGCGGAUUUACUCUAUGCCUAUGGAAAGUCACUGUACAACGUGGCUGUAAGUAAAAGCGAUGUCCUUGGCUCCAAGGUAGCCGGCGAGCAGAAACCGCAAUCCGGCACUACAUCUUCAACAAAUACAUAUUCUGCUGGGUCGAAAUCCGCCAGUGAUUCUCUUGUUCAAGACGCGAUCGCCCAUUCUAUGGCGGAUAAGUCAUCUUCCACGAAGCGUGCAGACAGAGAACCAGAGCCCACAGAAUCCAAGCCAUUCUUCCAAUUUACAGGAGAUGAAAACUUUGUUGAGUCCGAGGACGAGGAUGAGGAGGUUGCUGAGGAUGAUGAAGAAGACGACGAUUUCGCCAAUGCCUUUGAGGUCCUGGAUCUCGCCCGUGUUUUGUACCUUAAGAAGCUGAGUGCUGCAGAGGAAAACGACGGAGGCAAAGGAAAAUCGGCUGUGGUGUCCUCGGAUGUCAAGCACAUUAAAGAAAGAAUUGCAGACACACACGAUCUUCAAGCAGAAAUUUCACUGGAAGCAGAAAGAUUUAGUGAAGCAGUUACUGACUUGAGAACUGUUCUCGAAUUGAGAAACUCGCUAUAUCCUCCAGAAGAUCCCUCUGUUGCUGAGUGCCAUUACAAGCUCUCCCUCGCCCUAGAAUUCGCCUCGGCCCAACAAGGUGGUGAGGAGGAUGGAAAUAACAAACCCAAGGUUGAUGAAGAGAUGAGGAAAGAAGCUGCUAUCCAGAUGGAAUAUGCCAUUACCAGCUGCAGGGUCCGAAUGGCCCAGGAGGAGCAGAAACUCGAGGCCGAAAAAGAUGAGGAUGAAGACAAGGCAACUACAACAAGACGAAAGAUCGCCAAUGUCAAAGAGAUUGUGAUUGACAUGGAGCAAAGGGUAAGUGUUUUCUCCCUUGCCAGUCCUUUCCAUAGAUUGAUCGAUUUUAUUGAUACUGAUACUGAAAUAAAUCAGCUUGUUGACCUGCGCCGACCACCUGUCUCAGCUCAGCAGAACGACCAAGCCAACGAGGUUAUGCUAAAGGGAUUUCUGGGUCAGAUUAUCGGUCAGUCCGCAACAGACCAGAAAGCUCAGCUUGAAGCAGUUAGCCAGGGAGCAACAGACCUGUCUGCUUUUGUCAAACGUAAGCCUGCAAAGUCAUCCCAGCAACUUGAAACUGCCUCAAAAAGACCUGCCGAGGGACCUGCGGAGAACAGCUCCAAGCGGUCUCGCGUUGACGAUGCUUCCUCGUAA